AUGGCCGCGCCGCCGCCUCCACCUCCGCCCGCGCGAGGAGGCUUGUCGCUCUACGCAAACCUCCUUGACCCAGUCGCCGACCCCUCGGCCACGAUCUCGAGCGCUCCCGUCCGCUACAAUCAAGACGGCACGGUCGCUGACCCGAAGGAUGGGACAGCUGUGAAAAAGCCCAUAGACCCAUCCCUCCGCUUCCAGCCCAUACGCAGACCACAAGCAAAGACAGCGAAACCAAAGCCAAACUUCCCCAAGACGAUACCAAGCGCGAACACGUUAGCCGCGGCCACCUCCACAGCAGCUUCUUCCGCGCCAACAUCCUCGACGGCAGCCGCCCAACAACCACCGCCGCCAAAGAGCACCCUCGCCGACUGGGCCGUGACAGAGGAAGACGAGUGGCGCUACAGCGCCAACGCAGGCGCCGGUGCCGGAGGCGGAGGCCAUCAGCGCGGCGGCCGCAGAAAGAAGAAGAAGAAGGGAAACAACGACCAGCCCGCCGAGACCAACUGGGACGACAUCUACGACCCAACGAAGCCCACCAAUGUCGAGGAGUAUCUGCGCAGCGACGAGCGGAUCCACGAGGUGCAGGAGUGGAAGAGGCUGCUCUACCGCCACCGCAGACGCAAGAGUCUGAGCGAUGACAGCGACGAAGAGACGGAGCGCCGGCCGGCGAUGAAUCAGUUCGCCCCUCCAGCCGAAUACUCCUUCGUCCCCCCGCCUCCAACAUCACCACCCCCAGCCGAACCACGAGCCACGGAAGCAGCAAUCGGAGACGACGCAUAUGCCCGCCGUCAAGCUCUCUCCGCGUCCGCACCACCUCCUCCCCCUCCUCCCCCGGCAGUGACCGACGAAGCAACGAUAUCCCGUGCACCCGUCCGCUAUACUCCAUCCUCCACCAAGCAACCGCCCGCAGACGAAGAAGAGCCCUCAGACCCAGACUCCCCACCGCCAACCCUCGGCCUCGGCGCCAGCAGGGCACCACCACCACCGCCACCGCCCGCAUCAGAAGAAGCUCAGGCCCCGCGAUCCUCCCGCCCAGGCCAAGCCGGCUUCGCCCAACGCCUCAUGAGCAAGUACGGCUGGACAAAGGGCUCCGGCCUGGGCGCAGACGAGUCCGGCAUCGUCAACCCGCUGCGCGUACAGGUCGAGAAGCGCAAGAAGAAGUCGGACGCCGAGGGCGGCGGGUGGGCCGAGCCGGGCAACCGCGCCAAAGUCAUUGGCGGGAAGCGCAAGGACGAGACCGAGGGCGGCGGCGGCGGCAAGUUUGGCGGGCCCAUGAGCGAGGUCAUUGUUCUGCAGCGCAUGCUGGAUAACAUGGAGGACCUGCAGGGCGAGAUCGCCAAUGGGCUGGGGCAGGAGAUUGGCGAGGAAUGCGGUGAAAAGUAUGGCAGGGUCGAGCGAUUAUACAUCGACGUUGAAAAGAGGCAGGUCUUUAUCAGGUUUACCGACCAAGUCUCUGCCCUUCGUGCGGUCAAUGAGCUGGAUGGACGCGUAUUCAACGGCAAUGUUAUAGUGCCAAAGUUCUUCGAUACUGAGAAGUUCGAUAAAGGUAUCUACCAAUGA